AGGUCCUAACUCAAGUUCGUUGUAGAGGAACUAAACUAGCACGUCGCCCACGCACGCACCCCGCGCGUUGAAUUUUGUGUCAAGAGCAGCCUUGGCGAACAACUAGCCUAUGACUAAGUUGUGGGUUUUAAGUACUUUUUUUUCACGCAAUUGUACUUUUCUUCCUCAUCGUUUUGAGUUUUUGAAUCGCUUUGUUUUGAAUUUUUGUGUCACAACCACAUUUAUUAUUGAGUCGCUUUCAUGAAGAUGUUGAUGUUGUCGCAGUCGCGUUUUUGACCUAGUUUCUUCACUAUCCAGGACAUACAUGGUCGUAUUGACACAUGCAGCCUUGCAGUUUUGAUUUUGAAAUUUUUGCGAAGCACACUUCAAUUGUUGAUUUAUUUUCCUCUGUUCUUACGACUUCUUGUUCUUUACAUUAACGGUUUUCAUCUUUUCGUUUUCCUUUUUACUUACUUACCACGUAUCCGCACGGAUAAAUUUCUGAUCAUGAAGAACAAAAAGAUCCAAGCUGUGGUGAAGAAGGCACAUACAAAACCAGCGAAGAGGGCACAAAAACCAGCCGCUUCGUUACGCCCAGCAGUUGUGCCCCCUCCCCGUGCAGAAGUGGUAGAUGGCACGAAGAAAAAGAGCUCGUACGCCUGUGAUCUGGAGUCUAUGCCGCUGCAAAAUCACGCAAAGGUGAGCGGUGCUUACAUCGGGACGAAUGUAGCUACUUCCUUGGAGCAGGACAAGCCCCAGGUGGUACUGCCAGGCCGCGACGAGGAGCUGCAUGAAGCUCCUGCAUCAAGAAUUGGCUCCGCCGUGGCUUGUGGAAAAGAUGAAGAAGAUAUGUUAAAUCACAGCAAACAUCCAUUCCACCUCACGAUCGACACGGACUUUGAGAGCGGCAACGUGAUCGUGAAGUCGACACAGUUAUGAAAUGCAAAAAUGUCUGGGUCUCGAAGGUUGGAACUUGUAAUGCUGUCUUUGGAUUUGAAAAAAAUCUGUAUUGCAUGACCAGCAACAGGACUCCAGUUUGUGCUACGCGGGGAGGGCAUUUCUCAUGCGGGAUAGGCAUUAGGAAACCCUCUAAAAAUCUGUGAUGCUAGAUCAUGCAUUACAGGCAUCAUGGAUCAUACACAAUCUGCAUGACAAACCUGGCAACUUUCCAGACCCACACAUAUUUGCAAUGCAUAACAGUACGAGAAACCGGACAAGAUUGUUUGCCACCUGCAGAUGCGGGACGACACGAACCUGCCGAAGUUCAUAUGCAAGAAAAAAACCACUCUGUAAGUGUAAAUUUUUUGUCUUGCAGAACAUGCAACAGACUCACGCCUGUCAUGCCAGACAGCCAUGAAGUCUUCUUUUCAUGUGUGUUUUUCCUUACGAGCCACGCAUGACAGGUUUUCUCUGUCACGUAGAGCAAAUUUGUAAUGCUGUUUCUCUAAGAAAGUUACACUUACAUACUUUUUUAUUUCCUGGAUAGUUUACGCCGCAGAAAUACAGCUUCUGGUUCCAUUUUCGAGCUAAGCUGCAGAUGCAGUACUCUGGCACAAGUAAUUCAUCACAUACGAUAAAUACCUCCACCAAAGAUGAAGUAGAACCUGCGCAGGACGGCGAGAACCUACCCCCUGACGACCAUUAUCACGAAGACGAGAGCCAGCAAAAAAUCUUCACACCACCCAUCCAAGUGGAAUUCCGCCUACAAGUUCGUGGGAAUGAUCCCCAGCCGUGGAAGGGCUUCCAAGUUUGCGCCGCACGGCAUGUUGACAAAGGUGGGACAAGAACUGGUGAUAUUAGCAAUAGUCAUAGAAGCACAACGACGACCAGCACAAGAGAUAUUCCAUGUGCAGAACAAUCCACUGCUGACGAGGACCAUGAUGACCCGGAGCUUCAAUGGUUUCGAAUCUUAAACACGAAGUGCAGUGGCGGCUUCACGACGGGGUCAACUAAAGCCGGACUAGAUUUUUCCCCAAGAAAAAUGCAGACGAACAAAAAGAUAUUUUCGCCGCGCACAAAAAAUUCCAGUGUUAUUACAUGGAAGUACACUUAUUUUUUCCACCGAGGUCAACAUCAAGAAGAUCACGCUCACGAUCAACAAGGCAAGAAAUGUGCGGCGGAACACCACAAGGCGCAAGAACGGCGCGGAGGAGUUCGUGUCAGAGCGAAAAGUGAAGAAUUUUCCCAGCCCCAGGUCGUGAGGUCCACCUCGACGUCAAGAGUUCAUUUCAAAGAAGAAGUUGUAUCCUUCGCCUACUACCCGCCCUACUCCAUCGCCCGGUGUGACAAAUUCCUGCGGGAAUUGGUUGCAAUUCCUGGUGCAGAAGACAGCAGCUACAAAAACCGGGAGCAGGAUACAAAUUUUCACCCCAUGUUGAAAAUCUGCACAACGCUGGAAACCAUCGGCUACAGCGAGCAGGGAAGGCCACUGCAGCUGUUGAGUCUCCACUCAUCCUCAUUGCAGAGCCGUCCUGUUCUUUCUUUCGGCAGACCAGAUACGAACGAUAGCAGCCUGAAGAGUAUAAUGACGAGCGAAAGAAACAGCCCAUGUUCAGGAAUGACAAGAAGAACUCGAAUAUGAAAUGCAAAAAUGUCUGGGUCUGGAAGAUUGCAACUUGUCAUGCUAAAUCCGAAUCAUGCAGAAAUCUGUGUUGCAUGAGUGCCAAAAGCUGUCCCAUUUUGACCAAGUUGAGAGGGAGUUUCUCAUGCAGGAAAGGCAUGAUAGAGACCUCAGAGAAUCUGUCAUGCUGGGUCUCGCAUUCCAGACCUCAUGGGUCAUGGAAAAGCUGCGUGACAAGUCGCGCAUUCUUCCAGACCCAGACACUUUUGCAUUUGAUAUCGAAAUCUUUGGGUGGUCUGUCGCCAGCACCCGGGUGAGAGCAUUUAUCCUGUGCAAAAACAUCCCCACACCAGAGUCAAGAUGGGAAAUCUGCUAGACAAAUCAUCCAGCUUUGGUUGUUUCGCAUGACAAAUUUGACCCUGUAGUGUAAUCCUGUUUAGCUACUUCCAGCAGCAUCACAGAUCUAGCAUAUCGUGCUGGUUCGAGCAUCACAUAUUCUGAAACACGACUAGAAAACGCUUCUCAUGCGGCUCCACAUGGGAAACCUUUUUGGCAUGCAGAUUUGCAUGACAACACUGGGGUGGGGACGUUUUUCCUUAUGAUAGCAUUGCCAGUUUCAUCUUGGAGGGCUUCCUGCGGGAGAUUCUUUGUGCCAGAGAGGACGAGGAGGAGGACAAGCACAUGCAUCAGCAAGUUGGUUCCACCGCUACUUACAGCACCACACGACCAAGCGCAACUGUAUGUACAGCCUCCAGCACGACUGCAGGGAAAAAUAACUACAAUUAUUCUUGGUUCGAGCUUUUCCGCCAGCACCCGAGCUUGUGUCUGCGCGUCGUCCCCCUAGCGAACCCGGAUGGGGUGGCCCUCGGGAAUUGGUACACGAAUAGUAAUAUGCAUUGCAAAUAUCCCUGGACGUCUGGAAGGUUGUAAGUUGUGAUGCUGAGUUUGGAUUCUAAAAAAAUCUGUAUUGCAUGACCAGCAAGAAAAGUCCAGUUUGUAGUACGCGGGGAGGGCUUUUAUCAUGCCGAAUAGGCAUGAGGAAGGCCUCUAAAAAUCUGUGAUGUUGGAUCGUGCAUUACAGACAUCCUGAGUCAUGCAAAAUAUGCAUGACAAACCAGGUAUUCUUCCAGACCCAGACAUAUUUGCAUUUGAUAAGUAAGGGGGUGAAUAUGAACCAAGAUUGGUUUCAGGCCAAAAGCAAAGAGGUGCGAGUAAUUACGGCGGCGAUGGGGGACGGGGACGGAAAGAACAAGGAGAGUAUAACUUCUACUCGUAUUACUCAGAAACAACGAGAAAACGGCCUGUGCGAAGAUCACUCGGAGGUCGUGGUACAGCACUCCAGUAGACGGCCCGAUCUUCUCUUCCCCCACCUAGAUAUCCACGGCGACGAGUCGGUUUUGAAGAAAAGCUUCCUGAGCCGAAGCGAGGUGCUCGCGACGAUCUCCGGCGCAGGAGAAGGUUCUUUUUGUGUCAAAACCAAAACGGAAGAUACUAGCGGCCAUCAUGUUUGUACAACACCAACAGCUAGUACAGCAGGGCCGCCUGGGUCUAGUACUGCACGCGACAGUGUAAAGGCAACUACAGCUCCUGCCAUUGACCACGUCCACAGCGCAAAAAUAAAGCGGGGACCAAAUUAUAUUUCGCCUGCCUAUAGCUGUAACUUCAACAUGGUACUAACAAGUCGUGGUAGCUGUGCCGACGCAGUGGAUCAGUAUGAUGCAGACGAGGAGACUAGGACUAGCACUACAAGGGCGAGCACAGGAGCUUCUUCUACUAGCACGGUUUCUACCACCAGCUCCUGCCGCGCAUCUUGCUCCCCCGCCACGGUAGAGCCUACAUCGGAAAAAAACCUGACUUCCUUCGAGGACUUGAUGUUGUUUCCUACUCGGACGUUCUUGCGAGACAGUACUAAAGUAGACGCUGGUGAGAAGGAGAAUAAUUCAUUUCUGCCGGACGAGCAUCAAGUCGAAGUCGAUAAGGAUAGUACUAGCACCUCCUCGUCUAGUGGGAAUUUCAGUUUUUCUCCCGACGGGAACGACGACGUUUUAUUUUCAUCAUCAUCUCGACGUCCAGGUGUAGUAGUUCCCAAUGAAAACGCCGACGUCAACUUUAACCUCAUCUCCGCUACUUCAUCUCAGGGACCAGCGGCGAAGCGACGCAAAAUCAAAAGUGAAGUGGCGGUGGGCUGUUCAUCUGCGGGUGCUGUUUUGACGCCAAGUGUUGAUCCACCAUGCACGACGAAUGAAGAUUCGGCGUUGAUCGGUCAGCUUGAUGCUGGAGCUGGUGCAAGAACUGCAACUGCUGCUAGUACUUCUGAAAUGGUUCUUCUUGCAUCGUCCACGAGCAAGAGCAGUACUACGGAGCGCGGUUCGUCCUGUCCAGCAAAGCAGAACGGUUCCAUGAAGACCUUAUCUGCGGCAAGAAGAAAUCAUAAUCACCUGAAAUUCCACGCUCUGGUCCAGGACUUAACGACCGCUCUCCUGCUGUGCGGAAAAGCAGAAGAUGAACAUCAGCGUGUUGGUGUUCUUUCUUCCACCCCGGCCUCGGGAUCCAAGAUGAAACUGCGCAGUUUGCGCAGAGAGUACUACGGGAACUUGUAUGACCAGCUGAGUAGAAACCUUCAAAGGAUCAUUAGUGCUGACGAAGAUCAUUGUUCAACACCCGUCGAAGCGGAGUCCUCUGGCACGACCACUGGACGAGAAGGCAACUCGUUCUUUCAUCGUCGAAAAAACAGUUGUGCUGGUGCAAGUACACGACCCUCCAACGCAACAAGGACAAAAAUAUCUUCUCCGAAGAGAGUAGAAGAAGUUCUGAGAAGGUUUUCGUCCACCCCGCGCUGGUCCCCUUCUGCGCCCAAGGACGAGCACACCAAGCGAAAAGCAGACGGGUGCUUCGAUAUGCAUUGCAAAUAUGUCCUCUGGGUCGGGAAAGUUGUAAUGCCAAAAGUGAAUGAUAUGCGCACUGCAAUGUUACGCAGGCAAGCAUUACAAAUUUUUUGGGCUUCUAUGUGAUUCGUUUUGCGCAUGGAAGGCUGCGUUUUCGCAUGACCUUCAUGGGAGAGGGUCUUUAUUUCCUGCCCUCGCGUCACAGAAUUAAAAUUAUAGAGUCAUGUGAUCAUAGACCAGCCUGACAAACUUGCACUGUUCCAGACCCAGACCACAUGGUUGCAGUUGAUAUUCUACUGCCGCUGGCCAAACGGAAUUACCGUGGAGGGGUGCAUGAAACACGGGAAAAUACUGACAAAUACUUCUACCAGAAGGCCUGCUGCGCAGCAAGAAGAACAAGAACAACCCAAACCUUUGGCUUCUGACGGCGUAGUUGUGACCACGCAAAACAACGUAGUUUCACCACGAUCUAGUACGUCUUCGUCUUCAACACGUAGGUCGUCUUCUUGGUCGCCACCUUCUGUGGUACUGAAUGGUUGUUCUAGUACAAGAACUCUGGAGGCCGAGGCACUGCUGUAUGGCCGAGACUUGGCGGUCGCGCUGAGGCGCGUGCUUUCGGAUAUUUUAUCGUGAAUCUUCAAGGGUGCGGGUGGAUGAUGAAGGAGGAAUUGCUGCAAAUGAAGAAAUUCAUCGUCAAUAAUAGCGGGGGCUGUAUUGCUCUAUUUCCACCCGUACGUGUCUUUUUUCCCUUCUUUUUUGCGAGUACGACAAAACUCCCUGGCCUAUGCUUGGAAUUGCAUUUUUUUUUAGGUCGAACGAUCCGACACAAACGAAGACAAAAUCCACUACGCCCAGUUUUCGUUCCCGCUCAGAUAAUUUUGACUUUUUGAUGUUUUGAGGGUUGCGUCCUAUGGACUGCGCACUUUUAUUUUCUACCCUUCCGUCUGAAAGAUUUGCGUCGAAGAUUCUACUUGAACUUGGGAUUUCUUUUUCGAAUGAGUCUAAU